CACUACGAGACUAAACUUAAAGCGACGCUAUGCCGACCCCUUGCGCAGCAGCGUGUACACCUCCGCGUCGACCUUCAGCUUCUUCAGAUGCCGCUGGUCGCCGCGGAACCGCGCGAGCAGCCCGCCGUGCGACACGUAAGCCUCCACCUUCGUGUCUUUUACGUGCUCGAACUUGUACACCGUGCCGUGCAUGGCGUAGUCGAACUGGUCCAGCAGCGAGGCCUUGGCGCCGCGCGCGUAGUCGAUCGCCUUCGCCUCGGAGACGCCGUCCACGCUCAGCGACGUCGCGAGCGCGACCGUGAGCUUGUCGCCCUCCUCGCACUCAAAGAGUUCGGAGUUCACGUCGAUCAGGAACUCGAUCUCGUAGACGACGCCCUUGCACACGAGACGAUUCACCUUCUCGAACUUGGCGCCCUCCGGGUUGAUUUGCGCGACCUCGAAAUCGUCCUGGAAGACGACGCCGGCCAUCGCUUACGCGUCGCGGCGCUUGCGGCACCGAGACACGCGGCCGCGGCGACGGCAGCAAAGUGUCUGUCGCUCUGUCGCUGCUGUUGCGGCAGCGGUGUACCGUAAUAAGUUCGCCCCACUGCUUGCACGCUAAAAACAGGUCAGAAUCAAUACAGCGAGCACGUGGAGGCGUAUGGCAAGGCAGCGACGGGCGCGACUUUGGCUCACAAAACCUGUUUUUCGACGAUUUAAUUAGCCGCGCAGCAUUAUUGUGAGACGAGUGCCAGCUGCCUAACUGUAAGGGAGCAGCAGGAAGUCGAUUUUGGGAACCUCCAAUUUUACAGCUCGGAACAC